AUGAGCGCACAGCUCCGCGCCGCCGGGGCGAUUGCCCCCGUCGCCCGUCGCGUCGGUCUGCGAGCCGUCCGCCAGUUCCAUCAGUUUCCCACCGGCGGCAUCCAGAGAGCCGACCUCGCCGCCCGUGACCUCCGGAGGUCUGUGCAGUUCCCGGCCAAGCUGUACCACAAUGCUGUCAUGGUGCGGAACGCCUCGUUUGUCCGCCUGCUGCCCAAGUUGGCCAUCAAGUUCGUCAGGAUCCCCGCACUGUUCGGUGGGCUGAUGUUGGGUGCGGCGGGAUGGGUACAAUAUCAAGCUAUCCAACUGGGUAACUCUGCCACCGAAAUGUACACAAAUAUCAAGACUGGUGUGACGGACACCGUUUUCGCCAUAUGGGGAACCGCUACCGAUAUCGCCAACCAGACCAAAAUUGGAUUCAACGAAAAGAAGGGACAAUUUACGAUGCCAGAAUGGCUGGACAAUAUUAUGAAGGGAGAGGGUGCCGCCGGGGAAGGCUCGGAAGGACCAAAUGGUGGGCGGGAACCCCCAAAGCAAUCUAGAGUGGCCGGCGGUGCUGCUGCUGCAGGAGCUUCCGCGGCAGCUUAUGGUUACGGUGCUGCCGACGAGGAGGACGAUCGCUCACCAGAGGAGGUUGUAAAGGACGACCACAUGAUGUACAUCACCAAGCGGAUGAUCGAGAUUCGAAACCUCCUCUCGCGAGUUGGGCAAUCCAGCAGCGUCACCCUGCCAUCCAUCGUUGUUAUUGGUUCGCAAUCAUCUGGCAAGAGCUCAGUGCUGGAGGCUAUUGUUGGGCACGAGUUUUUGCCCAAGGGUAGCAACAUGAUCACCCGGCGCCCGAUCGAGCUCACCCUUGUGAACGACCCCCAAGCGAAAGUCGACUAUGGCGAGUUCCCAGAUCUGGGGCUUGCGAGGGUUACGGACUUUUCCUUGAUUCAGAAGACCCUGACCGAGCUCAACCAGUCUGUGCCCGAGUCUCAGUGUGUGUCUGACGACCCUAUUCGGCUCACCAUUCACUCCCCACGAGUUCCGGAUCUCUCUCUGAUCGAUCUUCCUGGCUACAUUCAGGUUGCGGGCGAGAACCAGCCGCGUGAGCUUAAGCGCAAGAUCUCUGAGCUUUGCGACAAGUACAUCCGAGGUCCCAACAUUAUCCUGGCUAUUUCUGCUGCUGACACCGAUUUGGCCAACUCUACUGCCCUGCAGGCCAGCCGUAGGGUCGACCCAAGGGGCGAACGGACGAUCGGCGUCAUCACCAAGAUGGAUCUCGUAGACCCAGAGAAGGGUGCCGCCAUUCUUGGCGACAAGCAGUACCCUCUCCGUUUGGGCUAUGUCGGUGUCAUCUCCAAGAUGCCCGUCCAGACUGGUGGUCUCUUCAGAAGAGAGAGCAGCAACCUCCUGGCAAGCAUCAACAAAAACGAAAAGGCUUUCUUCAACUCUCACCCGGAGGAGUUUGGUCCUAACUCAGGGGCCGCUACGGGCACCAUCACGCUGCGCAAGAAGCUGAUGCAUGUUUUGGAGCAGCAAAUGUCCUCUAAACUCACAGAAACAACCGAUGCCAUUACUCGUGAGCUCGAGGAGACAACUUACCAGUUCAAGGUCCAGUACAAUGAGCAGCCCAUGAGUGCCGAGUCCUACCUCGCCGCCAGUCUGGAUGACUUCAAGCACCAGUUCCACAACUUUGCCAACACCUUUGGCCGCCAACAGCUGCUGGAACUGCUGAAGGAUUCUCUGGACCAAAAGGUGCUCGACCAACUCGCUGCUCGGUAUUGGAACAAGCCCAUCGAGGAUCUUUUCAUUGCCCCCGCUGAGCCUGACAGUCUGGUUGACCUCCCCAAGGCCGACCCCAAGUCGCCUUACUGGCACCGCCAGCUUGACACAGCCUGCUCCGGUCUUACGCGCCUCGGUGUCGGCCGUCUCGCUGCUACCGUUGCCUCCAAUGCCAUUCAGGCGAACAUUGACAAGCUGCUCGACAAGUCGUCGUUUGCGAAGCACCCAUCCGCCCGCCAGGUGAUCAGCGAGGCCGCUGCUCUUGUCCUCGCUGACAGGGCGUACGCUACUAGCGAUGGCAUUGAGAUCUCGCUGAAGCCGUACAAGUUUGACCCGGAUAUUCAGCCCAACGAGUGGGAGAAGGGGCGGGAGCAUGUGGUGGGUGUUCUUCAGGGCGAGCUGGAGCAGUGCCAGAAUGCGCUCAAGUCAUUGGAGAGCUCGGUUGGUGGGAGGAAAAAGUUGAGGGAGGUGAUGGGCUUUGUUGACAAGGCGAGGAAGGGUGAAAUUAUCAUUGAGGGAGAUCACCCCAGCGGUGCGGGCGGUUUCAGCGCGGCGCUGCUUGCGAGAGGCCGUGAAGCCGUCUUCCUCCGCGACCGCGCGGACAUCAUCAACAUGCGGAUUGUUGCUUCCAAGUCGAGAAAGUGCAAGUCCCUCGAGAACAAGUACUACUGCCCCGAAAUUUUUCUGGAUGCGGUAGCCACCAAGCUGGCUCAGACGGCGGUGCUGUUCCUCAAUGUGGAGAUGCUGAAUGACUUUUAUCAUCGGUUCCCGAGGGAGGUGGAGACGAAGCUGAAUGAGUAUAUGAACUCUCAUGGGGGCAACGGGCUGGAGAAGUUUGCGAGGGAGGACCCCAAGAUUAGGAGGCACUUGGACUUGGUGCAGAGGAAGGAGUUGCUGGAGUUGGUGUUGAUGAAGAUUCAGGACUUGCACCGGUUUGAUGCGGCGGGGAAUGUGAAGGCGGAUAGGGAUUAUUUGAAGAAGGGGGGGCAGCAGAGGGGGAGGUGGUCGUUUUAG